GGCGUCUGGCGGCCCACCCUGGAGCCAGGUGGUGUCGGAGGCCGAGAAGAUCGUGGGGUACCCGACGUCCUUCAUGAGCCUGCGGUGCCUGCUGAGCGACGAGCUCAGCAACAUCGCCAUGCAGGUCCGCAAGCUGGUGGGCACCAAGCACCCGCUGCUCGACACAGCCCGAGGUUUUGUGUACGAUAGCCGAAAUAAUUUACAGAUGCGAGGUUUGGUCGUAUUACUUAUUUCCAAAGCUGCUGGACCCAGCACGGCAGAACUCUCUUUCCAGCACAACAUGGUCAGUGGAAUUUAUUCCAGUCAACGAAGUCUGGCCGAGAUUACGGAACUGAUCCACACUGCCUUUCUGGUGCAUCGUGGCAUAGUAAAUAUUGGUGAGCUCAAGUCAUGCAAUGGCCCGCUGAAGGAUAUGCAGUUUGGAAAUAAAAUGGCUAUUUUGAGUGGAGAUUUUCUUCUAGCAAAUGCUUGCACAAGCCUUGCGCAGUUGCAGAAUACCAAGGUUGUGGAACUCAUUUCAAGUGCUAUUGGUGACUUAGUUCAAGGUAUAUAUUAUGAAAACUCAAAAUCAUGUGAGGAGAACUGUCUUACAGAUGAUAUCGGCAUAUCUACGUGGAAGGAGCAGGUUUUCCUGUCACAUAGUGCCUUGCUGGCAAAGAGUUGCCAGGCUGCAAUGGAGCUAGCAAAGCACAGUGCUGAGAUUCAGGACAUGGCAUUUCAGUAUGGAAAGCACAUGUCUAUGAGUCAUAAGCUACAUUCAGACCUUCAGCCAUUUGUUAAAGAAAGUUCUAGUGACACCAUGGCCUUCAGUUUGAAUUCUGCUCCUGCAGUCCUGCAUCAGGAAUUCCUUGGAAGGGAGGCAUGGAUUAAACAGAUCAGAGAGGCACAAGGAAAAGGAAAUAUAAUGGACUACAAGAAGCUGCAGGAAGCGAUCAAGGCCGGCAAAGGUGUGACUUCUGCCAUUGAGCUCUGCCGCUGCCACGGAAACAGAGCGCUGGCGGCCCUGGAGCGCUUCCCUCCCUCCGAGGCCAGGGCCGCCUUGGCCAACAUCGUCUACGCCAUGACCAGGUUUCCCUGACCUGCCGCCCCGGGAGGAGCUGGUCUCCCUCCGCGGGCGGGAGCAACCCAGCGGGGACGCCGAUGACGCCCCGCACCGCUGGGCAGCUCAUCCCCCCGUCCUGUCCCGACGGAGGAACGCGCGCCAGCUGCCGCCGCCACCACCAGCAAAAUUCGGGAGGGGGAAGAAAAAAAGGUCACAGCCGGCUUUCUCUUGUCGUGCCAGAAGUGCACUUGAGGCUGCACCGGUAGAAAUAAUUAAUGAGUCCUGUUUCCGUGACCUCAGCAAAUGGACAGGAAAUAAGUCGGUAUUGAUUGGGCACCGGCGGGGACGGCGCCAGGGUGGAGGCCAGUG